GUUAUCCCAUUAUUUAUGACGCCAUGUCACAGCUACUGCUUUAUAUCUAUGGUAUCGGAGGUCCGUCCUAUUUACUGGAGCAGUGAUCAAAGUUUGAGUGCAUAAAAACUUUAUGGGAUGGGGAUGAUUCUUCCAGGUAUUAGUCAAACCCUCCAUUGUUACUAGGGAAACAGGUGUUAUUGUUUUACAAAAAAUGUAUUUCUAUUGUGUCUGUUAUAAAAUAUAAUUUAAUGGUUUAAAACAUUUUUAUUUGGCAAGUGGCCAUGGUAUACGUGGGUUAAUGCCCUUCGAGGUGUCCACUGUCGGGUAAUGAUCAACUUAGGCAGAGGCAAUAUAUCAAAGUGACCAAUGAAACCAGUACUUUUACUUUAAUACUUUUACUACAUCAAGCUGCUAAAUAGCCUAUUUAAGCACUUAAGGUUUGAAUACUUGUAGUGGAGUAUUUCCACAUUGUGGUAUUAGUAGCCUACUUUUAGUCUUUAGAUAGUGUAACCCUGUACAAUAAAAUAUUAACUCUACCUACAAAUUAUAAAUAAUACAUUUUAUUGUAUGAUAGGUUUUUAUUUAAAUAUGUAGUCAUCACUUCAUCAUCAUUGUGAAAUAUAAAUCCAAGCUGUAGCCUAUAUACUGUAUAUAUUUGACCUUUCUUUGUUCAGCUUUGUUGUGCUUGUUUUUAGAUGUUAGUUUCUGUCUUCCUGUGUUCUUGGAACUGUGUUCACGGAUACCGGGCCUCUAAAGCUGAGUGUGAUACGAGAGGGAGGAGCAGUGAAAGGUGAAAGUAAGAAGUCAGAAAGCCAGACUUCAUUUCACACUCAACAGAGCAGAAUCAGGUGUUACUGGUUUACUUUUCAGACUUGAGAAGAUGAGUGAUUUAGAAGAAGACGAGGACAGAUCAAAGUCUCCGGUCUGCAGCCGUCCCUCUAUGGAGUGGCAGCAGUCUGAAGAUGAUCCUAAAAACUUCAGUAAUGAACCUGGACCCUCAGACACAAAAAAGAUGAUGAGGAGUGAUGUUUCUGAGGAGGAGCAGCCGUCCAGAUCCAGAACCAGAACCAGAGCUGCACUGCAAACAGCCAGUCAGAGCAGCUCUGUACGAAUGAAUGUUGGUCGGCAGAAACAUAAGAUCAGGCUGAAGGGGACAUUUAAACAUGUGACUGAAGGAGAUGAAACAGGAAGUGAAACCCUCCUCAACAGGAUCUACACUGCAAUCUACCUCACAGAGGGACCAAGUGAAGACGUUAAUACCCAACAUGAGGUGAGGCAGCUCGAGAGAGCUUCCCAGAUGAAGAAUCUUGACGACUCUCCAAUCAAGUGCUGCGACAUCUUCAAAGCCUCACCUGACCAACAGAAACACAUCAGAGUCGUUAUGACAAACGGUGUCGCUGGCGUUGGAAAAACCUGCUUAGUGCAGAAGUUCUGUCUGGACUGGGCAGAGGGUUUGGAAAACAAAGAUAUCAGCCUGGUGAUCCCGCUGUCGUUCAGGGAGCUGAACUUGAUCAUAGAUGAGCAGUACAGUCUUCUGGAGCUGAUCCAUGUUUUCCAUCCAGCAUUACAGGAGGUCACAGCAGAGCAGCUCGCUGGCUCUAAACUUCUGUUCAUCUUUGACGGCCUGGAUGAAAGCAGACUUUCACUGGAUUUCAAGAAGGGGAAGGUUUCUGAUGUCACACAGAAGUCAUCAUUUAACGUGCUGUUGACAAACCUCAUCCAGGGUCAGCUGCUUCCCUCGGCUCUCGUCUGGAUAACUUCCCGACCUGCAGCAGCCAAUCAGAUCCCAUGUGUUGACAGGGUAACAGAAGUACGAGGCUUCGCUGACCCCCAGAAGGAGGAGUACUUCAGGAAGAGAUUCAGUGAUAAAAAGCUGUCCAGCAGAAUCAUCUCCCACAUCAAGAAAUCCAGAAGCCUCCACAUCAUGUGUCUUCUCCCAGUCUUCUGCUGGAUCACUGCUACAGUUCUGGACCACAUGUUGACUAUAGACCAGAGAGGAGAGCUGCCCAAGACCCUGACUGACAUGUACUCACACUUCCUACUGGUUCAGACAAGGAGGAAGAAGCAGAAGUAUGCUGAGGGACAUGAGAUGAGUCCACAGGAGCUGACGGAGGCCGACAGGGAAGUUCUUCUGAAGCUGGGGAGGCUGGCAUUUGAACAGCUGGAGAAAGGAAACCUCAUGUUCUACCAAGAAGACCUGGAGCAGUGUGGUCUGGAUGUGACAGAGGCCACAGUGUACUCAGGAGUUUGUACAGAGAUCUUCAAAAACAAGAGUGGGAUCUUUCAGAAAACAGUCUACUGCUUCGUUCAUCUGAGCGUUCAGGAGUUUCUGGCUGCAGUCUAUUUCUACCACUGUUACACCAACAGGAACACAGAGGUACUGGAGGACUUCCUGAGAGAAGACAGGGAUAAAUACCCAUUGCUGGAUGACUUUAAUGACGUGAGUGACAGUGAUGGCAAUGUUCAUGAUUACAGAACCCUAGAUGUCUUCUUGCAGAGAGCCAUGGAGAAAUCCCUGAACAGUAAAAAUGGCCACCUGGACCUGUUUGUCCGCUUCCUCCAUGGAAUCUCUCUGGAGCCCAACCAGAGAUUGUUAGCAGGUCUUCUGGGUCGGACAGACAACAGUCCAGAAAUGAUCCAGAGAGCCAUCAACAAUCUGAAGAAGAUCAACAUGGACGAGAUCUCUCCUGACAGGAGCAUCAACAUCUUCCACUGUCUGACGGAGAUGAACGACCACUCAGUCCAUCAGGAGAUUCAAGAGUUCCUGAAGUCAGAGAACAGAUCAAAAAAGAUACUCUCUGAGCUCCACUGCUCAGCUCUGGCCUACAUGCUGCAGAUGUCAGAGGAGGUUCUGGAUGAGUUGAACCUGAAGAAAUACAACACAACGGUGGAGGGACGUCGGAGACUAAUUCCAGCUGUGAGGAACUGCAGAAACGCUGUACUGUCUGGCUGCAGAAUCUCAGACACUCACUGUGAAGUUGUGGCGUCAGCUCUGAAGUCCAACCCCUCCCAUUUGAGGAAGCUGGACCUUAGUGACAACAACCUGUAUGUUCCAGCAGUGAAGUUUCUGUCUGCUGGACUGAGGAGUCCAAACUGUAGACUGGAGACGUUGAGAUUAAAUGACUGCAGUUUGUCAAAGACCAGCUGUGCUUCUCUGGCCUCAGCUCUAAAGUCCAACCCCUCCCAUCUGAGGGAGCUGGAGCUGAGUAACAACAAGCUGCAGGAUUCAGGAGUGAAGAUGCUGUCUGGUUUUCUUGAGAGUCCAAACUGUAGACUGCAAACUCUGAGAUUUUGGAACUGCACUUUGUCAGAGAAGAGCUGUGAUUAUCUGGCCUCAGCGCUGAAGUCCAACCCCUCCCAUCUGAGGGAGCUGGACCUGAGGGACAACAAGCUGGAGGAUUCAGGAGUGAUGCUGCUUUGUGGUUUUCUAGAGAGCCCAAACUGUGGACUGAAGACUCUGAGAUUGAGUGGCUGCAGUUUGUCAGAGAUCAGCUGUGCUUCUCUGGACUCAGCUCUGAAGACCAACCCCUCCCAUCUGAGAGAGCUGGAGCUGGGUAACAACGAGCUACUGGAUUCAGGAUUGAAGCUGCUCUCUAAUCAUGUGGAGAGUCCAAACUGUAGACUCAAGACUCUGAGGAUCGAUGACGUGUUGAUCACAGAUGAGAAACAAAAGAAAUGUCCAAGAGGGGAAACUCUACGGGGAAAUGUCCCAGCAGAGGAGGACAGUGUCCCAGCAGAGGACAGCGUCCCAGCAGAGGACAGAGUCCCAGCAGAGGACAGAGUCCCAGCAGAGGACAGAGUCCCAGCAGAGGACAGAGUCCAAGCUGACGAGAAGCUGUUCUCAGUUCGGAAACCGUUUAUCAAUGGAGUGUCUGAACCUGUUCUAAACCAGAUUCUGGAUGAACUUUUUCAGGUUCACGUGAUAAAUGAUGUUGAAAUGCAGUCGAUCAGAAUAAAAGCAAGAUACGACAAAGCAGUAGACGUGAUCGACACGGUGCGAAGAAAGGGAGCUAAAGCCAGCUCAGUUCUGAUCGCUGCUCUCCAUAAGAUAGACCCAUUCCUUUCCAAAGAGCUGAACCUCAGCUAAAGCAAAAAAGAAACCGUGGAGUGUGAUCAGGAAUCUCUGUAACAGCUUACUGUUAUGCAAUGAAAGCCUGUGACUUUAAUAAGUUGACUUUACUCAACUUUGGAAACAAAAAGGCCUCAUAUUGUGGUCGAAUUGUAAUUUCCACUUUUUUACUGUAUAU